AUGGGAGCCUGUUGCAGUAGGGAAACAUAUGGUGAUGGGGUGGUAGAGGUUGCUAUAGCAGAGAAAGAACAAGAGGAUGAUGAGGAAGGUCAUAUCAUUAUUGGAGAUUAUGGGGCCCGUAUGAGGUUAUAUGGAGCUUCAAAAUAUACAUCAAUGUACACCCAACAAGGAAGAAAAGGGAUCAAUCAAGAUGCCAUGACUGUUUGGGAGGAAUUUACUGGUGAUAAAGACAUGCUUUUCUGUGGAGUUUUUGAUGGUCACGGUCCCUAUGGCCACAAAGUUGCACGCCAUGUACGUGACACUUUACCCUCAACGCUCUCUAGAGCAAUCAAAACGUCACAGAAUAAUAGCUUCAAACGUAGAGAUGUUGACGGAAAAGAAGAUAAUAAGGUCAAUAAAAACGAAGGUGACAGAGAUAAUAUCGAUGAUGAUGAUAGUAGCAGUCUGCUGUUAUCUUCAUGGGAGACCAACUUCAUUAAGUCCUUUAAGGCCAUGGAUGAAGAACUUAGUCUUGAUGCUAGCAUUGAUAGCUUCUGCAGUGGUACAACUGCUGUGACUAUAAUUAAAGAGGGAAACCACCUGAUAAUUGCCAACUUGGGCGAUUCUCGUGCCAUUCUUUGUUCUAGGGGCCCCAAAAACCAACUCGUUCCCGUCCAACUCACUGUUGAUUUAAAACCGAAUAUUACGAGUGAAGCUGAAAGAAUCAAGAACUCCAAUGGCAGAGUUUUUGCGUUGGAUCAAGAACCAGAAGUGUUCAGAAUAUGGAUGCCUGAUGAAGAUUGCCCUGGUCUAGCGAUGGCAAGAGCUUUUGGAGAUUUCUGCCUGAAAGAUUACGGCCUCAUUUCAACCCCCGAAGUUUCUUAUAGAAAGCUUACCGACAAGGAUGAAUUUGUGGUUCUAGCAACUGAUGGGGUCUGGGAUGUGUUAACAAACUACGAGGUCGUAAAGAUUGUUGCUUCUGUAAGGAAGAGAUCCAUGGCUGCUAAAUUGGUAGUAAAGUAUGCUGCUCGUGCAUGGAGAAGUAAAUAUCCCGGCUGCAAGGUCGAUGAUUGUGCAGUUAUAUGCUUGUUUCUGAAGGAUCGAACUUUGCUAACCAGAUCCUUCUCUGAAGUGACCCAACUCAGUGUAAAUCACUCGGAGCUUGAAGCCUCCUACUCUGACGUUAACCUGGGAAAGCUUGAAACCUACUCUGAAGUGAGCCGGGCCAGUCUCAAUCACUCAGAGAUUGCAGCAGUUCCUAGAAAGUUUAGAUCCAAGAAAAGAGAUGGAAUCUCCAUAAAUUCCAGGACUGCGCUAAACUCGGAGGAGAAUGACGGUCCUUCUGUCAGAUUCUACGAAGUAAAUUCAUCUGGAAAGUUCCCUCGAUUGCGCAAUGUUUUGAGUCGACGUAAAUCAACCAAAGAUUAUGGAGCUAUUGAAGCUUGA